AUGAGAAAAACAAACAACAACAUUACAGUAACUCAAGCCGUCGAGCAGGAAGAGAAGGAGAGAGGAGCGAUUCCAGAAGUCCGCCAGUCACAGAACCGCCGAGCAGAGGCGCCGACGAGACAAAACUAUCGACGACGACAGGAGGAGAGAAAGGAAGGUGAAAGGCAGAGGCGCCAGAGAGGAGCGAGUGAGGAAAGGCCGCCGCAGGGAGGACGGAGUGAGGAGGGAGCUGAGCUGCUGAGGAGUGAGGAGGAGCGAGUGAGGAGGGAGUGGGUCAGCGAACGCCGAAAGGGAUGA